CGAAAGGCUGACCAAUGAGCGCGCAGAACUCCCGAGGCCCGCGGAGUAUAUAAGCUGCGGAGCAGGCCAGUGAAGAGCAUCGUGCGGCUUCGGCUUCUGAGAAACCAACAACCGGUCUAGAAAGGGUUAGACGACUCUAAAAACACUUAGCACAAAAUGGCUUACACCUGGGACAACCGCGUCAAGUACGUCGUCAGGUACAUGUACGACAUUGACAACAAUGGCUUCUUGGACAAGAACGACUUCGAGUGCCUCGCCCUCAGGAACACCCUGAUCGAAGGCCGUGGCGAGUGGAGCGCUGAGAAGUACGCUGCCAACCAGAAGAUCAUGUCCAACCUCUGGAACGAGAUCGCCGAGCUUGCUGACUUCAACAAGGACGGUGAGGUGUCUGAUGACGAAUUCAAGCAGGCUGUGCAGAAGAACUGCUCCGGCAAGGGUUUCGCUGACUUCCCCAAUGCCUUCAAAAGUUUCAUUACCACCCAGUUUAAGACCAUUGAUGUAAACGGUGAUGGCAUAGUCGGCGUUGAUGAGUACAGGCUUGACUGCAUCUCCAGGUCCGCCUUCGCUAGCAUCUCCGAGAUCGAUGAUGCCUACAACAAGCUCUGCACUGAGGACGACAAGAAGGCUGGUGGCAUCAACCUUGCCCGCUACCAGGAACUGUAUGCUCAGUUCAUCUCCAACCCCGACGAGAAGUGCAACGCCGUCUACCUUUUCGGACCCCUUAAGGAAGUCAACUAAAUAGGACGUUUAAGGAAACUUAGACGCACCUAACGCGCGAGGCCCAGGCGCUUUGGGUGUACCCACCGCACGCGCUCCCUGGGGUCAAGGCUUCUCUUGUCCUCUUCUCCUCUCCUGAGGGGACUGGAUAAUGAUGGGCCUGCCCUAACACACACACACACCCACCAGUGCCCAGUUCCUCACUGCAUCAUUUUUAUACUCAUCUCCCUCUGAUGCCAAGCCGCACCGUCAGGCAUCAACACCGCCUGCGGCAGUCGACCCGGACUCAUGGCCAUCCUUAGCCGCAAAUCAUAUUUUUGUAUUGCUGGAGUUGGGAUCCAUGCGGUACCGCCCCCAGCAGGCCUCCUGCCCUCGUUGCGGGACCAGUGCUGGAACGCUAUCGGGAAUGGUCGACUGCUGUUGCGAUCAUCUCUUAACCAAUAAUAAACUCUACUAUGUUUUAA